UGCGGGGGGAGUACACGUACUGGUCCUCUGUUCAAGAUCUCCGAAAGACGUUUUGUCUGUCGUCUGACGACGCGUAAUGUGCAAAUGUAUUAAUUCCAUUAUCCGGUUUGUUUGUUGCUAUCUGGCGAUAAAAGAGCUGAUGCGAGUGCCGCCCAGCACCACUAACCCGUACGUGGGAUGGCCAACGUUCUGGAGCAGCGCCGCGGUCUCCACCUAAGUGAUGUGUCGUAUAUGUCACAGAGCAAACAUGCUGAGGCCAGGGAGCUGAUGUACAAUGGCGCACUACUGUUCUUCAGCUAUAACCAGCAAAACAGUGCAGCAGACCUGUCUAUGCUAGUACUAGAGUCUUUGGAGAAAUCUGAGACAAAAGUGGAGGAUGACAUAUUAGAGCACUUGGCCAAGCUGUUCAGCUUGAUGGACCCCAACUCCCCAGAGAGAGUAGCAUUUGUUUCCAGGGCCCUCAAGUGGUCCACGGGCGGCUCAGGCAAGCUCGGCCACCCCAAACUACACCAGCUACUGGCUGUCACCCUGUGGAAAGAGCAGAACUACAGCGAGUCACGCUACCACUUCUUGCAUUCAUCUGACGGAGAGGGCUGUGCCCAGAUGCUGGUGGAGUACUCAGCCUCCCGGGGCUUCCGUAGCGAGGUCGACAUGUUUGUGGUGCAGGCCGUACUACAGUUCCUCUGCCUAAAAAACAAAAACAGUGCUUCUGUGGUGUUCAGCACGUACACGGAGAAGCACCCGUCAAUAGAGAAAGGCCCUCCUUUUGUCCAGCCUCUCCUAAACUUCAUCUGGUUUCUGCUGCUGGCGGUAGACGGGGGUAAACUGACCGUUUUUACAGUGUUGUGUGAGCAGUAUCAACCUUCUCUGAAGAGGGACCCUAUGUAUAAUGAGUAUCUCGACAGAAUAGGACAACUCUUCUUUGGAGUGCCACCCAAACAGUCCUCAUCAUACGGCGGGUUGCUAGGUAAUCUCCUGAACAGCCUGAUGGGCUCAGGCGAGGAGGAGGAAGGUGAAGAAGCACAGGAGGACAGCAGCCCCAUAGAGUUGGACUGAGAGUGAGCUGAAAAGGAAUGGAAGUUGAGUGGAGGAGAGGAUGACCCUCCCUCAUCCACACUGUUCCGUGGGAUGGGGUGGGGUCAGUGUCUCAGAAAGGCGUGCUGAUACCCAGAAUCCCGCCCCUUCCCACCCCAACCCUCGCCCCCUUGUAGCCCUGCCCAACCAUCCAUCCAUCCAUAGUCCAGAAUGGCUAUAAGGUCAUCGAAAGCAUCCCCCUCAGCACAGCCUGGACUGUUGGCGCCAACCUGCGAACUUUUCCCGUGUUUAAUUAUUCUAAUUAUAAAGUGUUAUUAUUUUUUUUUUAAUUUUGGACAUUUUCUCACCUACUCCUGUAGAGCUUUUGGUUUUAAAGAGAUGACACAUUGUUGUCGUAAAUCUUUUUUUCCUGUCAGUCUUUCAGCUUUUCUCUCAGUUAAAUGUCCGUUAACAUCGGGUGCAAUGAGGAAACGAAAUAAAUCAGGCUCCAGGGUGCCAUUUAAUUGCAGCGUAUGAUGUUAUACUCCCGAAAAGACUCUGCCACCCGAUGCAGGCCCUCAGGCCAAGGACCACCCGUUUUGUGUGGAGGACUUAGUGUCUCUAUUCAGAACCGUUCAGCGAGGUGGUCAUCGUUUUAUAUUGACACAAAACUAUUGCAAACACUUGUAAACCAUGUACAGAUGUAGCCAUUGCGAAGGGGUCCCACCUUUUAUUGGCUGCUUACUGUAGGCUAAAUUGCUGCAGCACUUCUCCAUCUUCCUCAAGAAGAAUUUUUUGUGGAAAAACAAGAAGUUUAUAAGGAAGUGGUCUGGGAACUAGUUGGUGGACAGACUGAAAAGUGUUGUACGACAAGGUACAACAAACUCACUUCUUCUGUGUAACAUACAAGAUGUGCACAUCUACCCGAUCAGAGCAUGAAUACUUGUACAAUGGCUACCACUGUAAAUAACCAGUAAUCUCCAUGGUAAGUCAAAAGAGACCACUCCCGGUGCGCUUGUUCGGAUUGUAUAUCAUUUGUUUUUGUUUGUUAGGCAUCUGAAUACUGGUCAUCGACCAAUGAAAGCGGAGCGAAGUGAUGCGUACAGGAAGAACUCGUGCUCACGGCCUGUUAAUGAAUUUGAAUCGUGUUUUAGCAGGAGACGUAGCACCGCCACCGCCGCCGCCACCUUGACAUGUACCCCGAUGGAGAGCCAAACCUGCCUGCUACAUACACACAGUUGCAGACUACUGAUCAGAGCCUCGCCCUCACCCAGGGGGAGGGGGGGUCACUCUGAAAAUGUCAUGGGGGGGGGGGGGGGUCCGCUCAUGACACACUACAUUUCCCUCUGCAGCACAGCCCCCGUUUCACCUCUGAAAACGCAUCCUGGUCAUGAACUUUGGAGGGCCUCGACCAUCGGUCUUUACUACCGUAUGCUCUGGUGCCACCGUGCGUUCGAUCACGUCAGUACCGACCAGAUGGUGUGUUGCCCUUUUCUUGUACUCGUGUAUUUAUUUUGGGUGGGCGCAUCAGACUGUGUUGACGAAUGUAUUGUACAUGGCAUGCUCGUUCAAAUGCGUUCUGCUGUGUUUAAUCUCGGCUGCCCCCCCCCCCCCCGAGUAAUUUCAUUCUGUUCCAAGCUGGACGCUGGCCUGGUUUCCCUCUGGUUAGCUGAAGUCCUCGGAAAACAGAGUUGAACACUAAUUAAACGGCGUAAUUGAACCUAACCAGCACAGAUGUUUGUUGUCUCUCUGUCGAGCUCUUCCCGUGUUACCUGGUGUGGUACAUGUCCGUCUGCAGGGUUAGCCAUUGUACAAGUCCCACCCGUCGUCUUGAUACCACACAAUUAAAUCAAAUUGUGAAAUUUUUGUCUGAAACCAAUUACGGUGCCAUUCCUUGAAACUCGGAACGCAAAGAAAGCAAAACUCAAUUGCGUUUCCGUCAUCUCUCCUGGAGAAAGAGGAUAAAAUACUGCCACUAGCCAAGCAAGUGACGCGUUUGUGUAAUCUAAAGUGGGGCCUGUACAGUGGUGGCAUCUGGAUUUUUUGGGCUCAUUAAAAAAAUACGUUGGUUCAA